AUGAAAACAAUUCUGUAUCUUGUUGGUAUUAUUAUCAGUGCAUUGGCACUUCCUGCUUCAGCUCAAUACACAAGCUGGCAUGCCACAUUCAUUCCUGCUGCUUCCCCAGUAGCUACCAGACGAAAUGCGAAUGCUGAAGCGCUGUCAUUUGCUCGAAGCCAAAUGAUCUCGGGUGGAUACGGAUUGUAUCCUCCAACCACCACCAGCACUACAAUGACGACAUCCAAAAACACAGCAGCAGCAGCUUCAACUUCCACACAAUUGUUUGCCAAGAAGAAAAAGGUAGCCCCAGCAGCCGCCAAAAAGAUUCAAGUCAAAAUGCUCAAGCACGUUGCUGGGACUGGACAAGCCGGAGAAGUCGUCUUGGUGACACCCGCAUUCUUCAACAACAAGCUUCGACCUCAGCAAGCCGCGAGGAUGAUUACAGACGAAGAAGUUGCGGAAGAGACCGCGGAGAAACAAAUGAAAGAAGACGCUGACCGGACCAAAGCCAAUGAAUUGAAAGAAACAUUGGACGAAUUGGAAUUGAAAUUGGUCCGUACGGCUGGACCCGAUGGUCAGUUGUUUGGUGGAGUUGGUCCGAAAGUCGUCAUGAGCGAGCUCCAAUCCGAAAUAGCCGAUGACUUUUUGAAUAACAAAUGGGUCAAGGUGACGGAAGUAAUGGACGAGAAUGGAAAGAAAAUGAGAGGGGAUAUCAAGACUGUGGGAGAGUUUGGAGCGAGGAUAAAUCUAUUGAGUGGUAUUUCUGCAAAGAUUGGAAUUAAAGUCGAAGCUGAGUAG